ACUGAAGUUUGAUACUUUCUUUGUCUCGUCUCUUUCUCUCUCUUAUUUCACCAACAGAAUAUAUAUACAGCUUGAGCUCGACGUUAAUCUCAGAGCUCUUCUUCUUCUUCUUUUCUCUGAAAUGGUAUAUUCAGGUAGAAUCUUGUCGCUGUCGUCCUCCACGACGCCGUUUCAUCUCUCCACUUCGCCGUUCCACAGUUCCCGGUAUCAUCUUCAUGGAAGGCUCAAAUCCAGAGUCAGAUUGCGCCCCAUGGCCGCUGAUGCCGAUUCCUCCUCCUUUUCUUCAUCUCUCGACACUGAAUCACCCGAUAAAAACGCAGCCGGGUUUUGCAUUAUAGAAGGGCCUGAGACAGUGCAGGACUUUGCUCAAAUGGAAUUGAAAGAAAUUCAAGACAAUAUUCGGAGUCGCCGGAAUAAAAUAUUUUUGCAUAUGGAAGAGGUCCGCAGGCUGAGAAUACAGCAACGAAUUAAGAAUGCCGAGCUUGGGAUUCUUAAUGAAAAGCAAGAAAAUGAACUUCCGAAUUUUCCUUCGUUCAUUCCUUUUUUGCCUCCUCUGACAUCCGCAAAUCUUAAACAAUAUUAUGCCACUUGUUUCUCUCUCAUAGCCGGAGUUAUGCUUUUUGGCGGACUGCUAGCACCUACUUUGGAACUAAAAUUGGGCUUAGGAGGUACCUCGUACGCUGAUUUCAUUCGCAGCAUGCACCUUCCGAUGCAAUUAAGUGACGUGGACCCCAUUGUGGCAUCCUUCUCCGGUGGAGCAGUCGGGGUAAUCUCUGCCUUGAUGGUAGUUGAAAUAAACAAUGUGAAACAGCAGGAGCAUAAGAGGUGCAAGUACUGUUUAGGAACAGGGUAUCUUGCAUGUGCUCGCUGUUCAAGCACUGGAUCACUAGUCCUUAUUGAACCUGUCUCCACAGUUAAUCGUGGAGAUCAGCCACUAUCACCACCUAAAACAGAAAGAUGCACAAACUGCUCGGGUUCAGGGAAGGUCAUGUGCCCUACAUGUCUUUGUACUGGGAUGGCUAUGGCAAGCGAGCACGACCCACGAAUUGACCCAUUCGACUAAAUGGGAAGCUCAUAUAGCUCUAGUGCUCCUAGAUGUAAAGAUUCUGGACAAAUCUUUAGGUCAAAAUGUAUGUCUAUAAAAAGUUCUUCAACGUUAUUUUGAGAAUUUUGCAAUUAAUAAACUGUUUGCGAACCAAAUCAAAUGCUGGCAAUGAUGAGUGAUACUGAUA